AUGUCUACGCUUGAGGAGGACGUGCCCCGCUUGCAGGUCUUGGCGGCUAAACUGACGAAAUGGCUCCUGGCAGAAGAGGGGUUCGGACGUUCCCUGGACGACUUCUUCCGCGGUCACAGCCAGUACUUCGAUGACUACCAGGAUGAACAUGCUCUUCAUUACACAACCCUUCACAAGGAGUUUAGCACAAAGCUUGAGGCGGAGGUCGAGGGCUGGCUGGCUGAAGAAGGCCUCACCACUGACGACCUCGCACUGAUUCUCCGAGCUGCUAAGGAUGGUCUUGCUGGCGAGGAUGCUGCAGCAGAAGUCGAUCUAGUCGAGAUGAUGCUGGAGGCUGUCGACUACCAGAAGUGGAUAAGCUCCAUCUUCGCCCUCAAGAGGCGAAUCCGCGAGCGACGCAAAGUCCGCGUUCGCAAGGUGCCCCGCUUGUGA